AUGGGAGUUAUGGACGACUCAAGUGAUUUGGCUGUUCCGGACGUUCCCUUAGCGCGUUCCGAGGACGAUUCGGAGUCCAAUUCAUCCUUUAGCAUAAAGUAAGUGCAUUUUGCAAAGCAUGGCCCGCCAAAGGGCCAAACCAAACAAUUCCAGAAGUCACCCAUUCCUCAUUUUUUAUUUUUUUGCCGACAUCUCUUGUGAAUGCUCGAUCUCUGCCCAGUUUAAAACAUCUCUAUGUUUAAAAAUGGCUCGAGGAAUAAAACCACGUCUUUUAGAAAAAUCAAUUUGUAAUAUUUGCGCGGGCUGCUCGGGGGUUUGGAGAGUAGUUUCCACAAACCCUACGUUUUUUUGUCUUUUGGGAAGAUACUUGCAUUCCAAUAGAAACCGGCCGCUUCCGUUAUGGAUUUUGCGUAUUGAGUUUUUAUGACUUACCGCGGCAUGCAUUUUGAGCAGAUCAAAAUCUCGAAUAAAAUUACUUUCAACCAAACAAACAUUUCGACCCUAUUACUUUAAGUUUAAACGAAACCGAGAAAACAACAAACAAAAACUGUAGGAAUAAAUUAAUAAUUGUUCCGUGUUUUCCAUCUCGCCAGUCUUCCAUGACCAUGAGUUGAAUAUUUUACUUUUUUAUGAUGACUGUAAAGUAUUUAUAUAAAUUUUUUUUCAGAGAGGAAGAUCAACUAAAUCGAUCAAACAACGGCCUUGGAGAGCAUUUAUCCGUUUCGUUGGAAGAUUUGGUUGAACAUUUUGAUCAAAAAAUAAACAACGUGCUCAAGGAUCUCAACGAAAACACCAACAAAAUGGCUCCCGUUCAGGUCCGAACGCAGGACGAAAUCAUGUCCGAAAGCCAGGUCUGGUGGACCUUGACCGGAAAUUAUGGGAACAUUCUUCCCCUCGACUUUAAUAAGAGUCAGAUUAGGAAGCGCGAGAUUGACGUUCUUUCUUUGGAUACUCCAAAAGCGGUAAGAAAAUCGUCAAAAUUAUAAUUUUAAUUUUUUUACUGUUAAUUCUUUUCAGUCCGAUGAAGGGGCCCACUGUAGCGAAGAGGAAAGCCUGGAUGAAGAGGACUUGAGGCAUUCGAUGGAUUUGCAUCAAAUCAUUCCCGAUGACAACAGUCUUACCAGCGAGCAUAUUCCAGUUUCUGCCGAUCAAGUCAUCGAGGAGAUCGAUGAGAUAAUGCAAGUAUGUCGAAGUUUUAUUGAGCGUUUUAAUUUGCAUUUCGACAAGUUCCGAUUUGUCUUUCAGACCUGCGACCUGAUGAGAUCAAUGAUGACAGACAAGACGGAAAGCGUCGACAGUAUGUACUCUUCGAUGAGAUCACCGUUUGCGUCGCUGCAAGUGGAGAACGAAUUAAAACAAAAACAUAUCGAGGCCCUAAGUUUUUCAAAAGAAGGUGAGUUUUGUCAUUUUACGAUAGUAUCGGAUCAAUCAAAACUGACGCUUCGGCCUGCUGCCAACCAUUUUUCAACGUUCUUUGAGGAUACGAUAACUGAUGUGUUUCCAGAUCUGACGCAGAUGUCUCAGAGCAAAUUGUUAGCGCUGAGUACGGAGAUGGAGAAUCUGAUAAUCACAUACAACUCGGAGCUUGUCUCUGAAUUGGCCAGACGAGAUGAAUUGGAAUAUGAAAACGAGAUUAAAAACAAGUUCAUAACACUGUUAGUGGGAAUUCAAGAUAAACGAAGAAAAUUCAUGAGCGAACGGAAAAAGAAAAAAAUUCCGGAUAAUGCCGCGCUUCCACAAGUAAGCAAUCCGUCGACCAUGAUUUUAAAUGAUUAAAAUUACUUGUUACAAUUAUUAUUUUAGUUUGCAACUGCUUCCAUACCCUUCGAUGACACACAGAGAUUCCCCAAACUGUCAACCUUGGAAUCACUGAUCAAAAUCCUCGAAGCCAUCAAUGAAAACAAACCUCAGGUCCCCACUUUGCUUACGGAUUACAUUUUAACAGGUCAGUAAUUCUUUCAUAAAUCACGACUUUUUUUAUUUUUUCAGUGGUAUGUCCUUCUGCGUCACUCCUCGCCUAG